GCAGCCCUCACUGGGCAUGCGGGAAGUGAGUGAGACGGUGGAUGGGGGCGCUGCAGAGUCGCACAGGCCGGUCCCUGUGAUACAAUCUACCGAGAGAGGGGGGUGAAGGAAAAAAACCAACUGGGUCGGUUGCUCUUUGUUUCUGGCUAGGAGGAAAACCGAGAGACGUUGCAACCGGCGAGGAUUUCAACAUCAGCGUUCACCAUCCGUGGGUACUUUCUGCUGCCACACACUCCGUUUCCCCUGAGAGAUGUCCACUCCUGACCCCCCGAUGGGAGGGACACCUCGGCCUGGACCCUCCCCAGGCCCGGGGCCAUCUCCGGGAGGCAUGAUGGGUCCGAGCCCUGGUCCCUCUCCAGGCUCAGCCCACAGCAUGAUGGGGCCGAGCCCGGGCCCUCCUGGAUCUGGACACCCCCACCCUCCACAGGGACCCUCAGGAUAUCCUCAGGACAACAUGCACCAAAUGCACAAAGUACGAAACUCCAUGCAUGAGAAGGGAAUGCCCGACGACCCCCGCUACGCCCAAAUGAAGGGCAUGGGCAUGAGACCAGGGGGACACAGUGGGAUGGGACCCCCUCCGAGCCCCAUGGACCAACAUUCCCAAGGUUACCCCUCUCCGUUGGGAGGCUCAGAGCACGCACCCAGCCCUGUCCCAGCCAACGGCCCUCCCUCUGGCCCCAUGAUCCCCGGAGGUCCCUCUGGCCCCGGUGCUGGCCCUAUGGAGGGCAGCGGGGACCCUAACCAGGGGAUGGGUCAACCUAACCGCGGGGGUCCCCAGGGUCCGGGUGGACCCGGCGGCGCGGGCGGUGGACCCGGCGGUGCAGGCGGACCCGCUCCGUUCAACCAGAACCAGUUGCACCAACUCAGGGCUCAGAUUAUGGCCUACAAGAUGCUGGCCCGCAGCCAGCCCUUACCAGAGCACCUGCAGAUGGCCGUGCAGGGGAAGAGGCCCAUGCCCGGGAUGCAGCAGCAGCCGAUGCCCAACAUGCCGCCUUCUACGGGGCCCGGAGGUGGGCCUGUGGGUGGGCCUGUGGGUGGGCCGGGACCAGCUCAGGCCAACUACAACAGACCACACGGCAUGGUAGGUCCUAAUAUGGCGCCUCCUGGACCUGCAGGAGUUCCCCCAGGUAUGCAAGGCCCGCCUACCAACGGACCCCCUAAAUCAUGGCCUGAAGGGCCGAUGGUGAAUGCUGCGGCCCCGUCAAACCCUCCCCAGAAGCUGAUCCCACCUCAGCCCACGGGCAGACCUUCGCCCGCUCCUCCCUCAGUUCCCCCCGCUGCUUCCCCAGUAAUGCCGCCUCAGACGCAGUCCCCGGGACAGCCUGCCCAGCCCCCUCCCAUGAUGCUUCACCAGAAGCAGAACCGCGUAACCCCCAUCCAAAAGCCCCGUGGGCUGGACCCAGUGGAGAUCCUCCAGGAGAGGGAGUACAGGCUACAGGCGCGUAUUGCUCACCGUAUCCAGGAGCUGGAGAACCUGCCGGGCUCUCUGGCCGGUGACCUGCGCACCAAGGCCACCAUCGAGCUCAAGGCCCUGAGGCUGCUUAACUUCCAGAGACAGCUGCGUCAGGAGGUGGUUGUUUGCAUGCGACGUGACACUGCUUUGGAAACGGCCCUCAACGCCAAGGCCUACAAGCGCAGCAAACGGCAGUCUCUACGCGAAGCCCGCAUCACCGAGAAGCUGGAGAAACAGCAGAAGAUUGAACAGGAACGUAAACGUCGUCAGAAACACCAGGAAUACCUCAACAGCAUCCUGCAGCACGCCAAGGAUUUCAAGGAGUACCACCGCUCCAUCACGGCGAAGCUCCAGAAGGCCACCAAGGCCGUCGCCACCUAUCACGCCAACACCGAGCGCGAGCAGAAGAAAGAGAACGAGCGCAUUGAGAAGGAGAGAAUGCGGAGGCUGAUGGCUGAAGAUGAAGAAGGCUACCGUAAACUCAUCGACCAAAAGAAAGACAAGCGCCUGGCCUACCUGCUGCAGCAGACGGACGAGUACGUGGCCAACCUCACUGAGCUGGUGCGCGCGCACAAAGCCGUGCAAGCUCUCAAAGAGAAGAAAAAGAAGAAGAAAAAGAAGAAGCCAGAGACUAUGGAGGGUGGCGCUCCCGCCCUGGGACCUGAUGGAGAGCCUUUGGAUGAGACCAGUCAAAUGAGCGACCUACCGGUGAAGGUGAUCCAUGUGGACAGUGGAAAGAUCCUGACUGGGAUGGAAGCACCUAAGGCUGGCCAGCUGGAGACCUGGCUCGAAAUGAACCCAGGAUACGAAGUAGCGCCGCGUUCAGACAGUGAGGAAAGCGGUUCAGAAGAAGAGGAGGAGGAGGAGGAAGAGGAAGAGGAGCAACCUCAUUCCUCUGCAACUCAAGCGGAGGAGAAGAAGAAGAUCCCUGACCCCGACAGUGAAGAAGUAUCUGAAGUCGACGUCCUGCACAUCAUCGAACACGCCAAGCAGGAUGUAGAUGAUGAGUACGGUAAUGCAAGUUUCAACCGAGGCCUGCAGUCCUACUACGCCGUGGCUCACGCUGUCACUGAGAAAGUGGACAAGCAGUCCACGCUGCUGAUCAACGGGCAGCUCAAGCAAUACCAGAUCAAAGGUUUGGAGUGGCUGGUGUCGCUUUACAACAACAACUUGAAUGGCAUCCUGGCUGAUGAGAUGGGUCUGGGGAAAACCAUCCAGACCAUCGCCCUCAUCACUUACCUCAUGGAGUACAAGCGCCUCAACGGGCCCUUCCUCAUCAUCGUACCUCUCUCAACUCUAUCAAACUGGGUCUAUGAGUUUGAUAAGUGGGCCCCAUCUGUCGUGAAAGUCUCCUACAAGGGGUCUCCAGCUGCUCGCCGUGCAUUCAUUCCCAUCUUGCGCAGCGGCAAGUUCAACGUGCUGCUCACCACAUACGAGUACAUUAUCAAAGAUAAGCAGGUGCUAGCAAAGCUUCGUUGGAAGUACAUGAUUGUGGACGAAGGCCACCGUAUGAAGAACCACCACUGUAAACUGACCCAGGUCUUGAACACUCACUACUUGGCCCCGCGCCGCCUGCUGCUCACGGGCACUCCACUGCAGAACAAGCUGCCCGAGCUCUGGGCCCUGCUUAACUUCCUCCUGCCCACCAUCUUCAAGAGCUGCACCACAUUUGAACAGUGGUUCAACGCCCCCUUCGCCAUGACUGGAGAGAAGGUUGACCUGAAUGAAGAAGAGACCAUCCUGAUCAUCCGACGUUUACACAAAGUGCUCAGGCCUUUCCUGCUGCGCCGACUAAAGAAGGAAGUGGAGGCCCAGCUGCCCGAGAAGGUGGAGUAUGUGAUAAAGUGCGACAUGUCGGCCCUACAGAGGGUUUUGUACCGACACAUGCAGGCCAAGGGAGUCUUGCUCACAGAUGGCUCAGAAAAAGACAAGAAGGGUAAAGGUGGCACGAAGACCCUGAUGAACACUAUCAUGCAACUGAGAAAGAUUUGCAACCACCCCUACAUGUUCCAGCACAUUGAGGAGUCUUUCUCUGAGCAUCUCGGCUAUUCUGGUGGAAUCGUGAGUGGCCCGGACCUGUACCGCUCCUCUGGGAAGUUUGAGCUGCUGGAUCGCAUCCUGCCCAAGCUGAGGGCCACCGACCACAAAGUGCUGCUCUUCUGUCAAAUGACCUCACUCAUGACCAUCAUGGAGGACUACUUUGCCUACCGUAACUUCAAGUACCUGCGUCUGGACGGAACCACCAAGGCAGAGGACCGCGGCAUGCUGCUAAAGACGUUCAACGACCCGGCCUCGCAGUACUUUGUGUUCCUGCUCAGCACCAGAGCUGGAGGCCUGGGCCUCAACCUGCAGUCGGCCGACACCGUCAUCAUCUUUGACAGCGACUGGAACCCACAUCAGGACCUGCAGGCCCAGGACCGAGCCCACCGCAUCGGGCAGCAGAACGAGGUGCGCGUGCUGCGCCUCUGCACCGUCAACAGCGUGGAGGAGAAGAUCCUGGCGGCAGCCAAGUACAAACUGAACGUGGACCAGAAGGUCAUCCAGGCGGGCAUGUUCGACCAGAAGUCGUCCGGCUGCGAGCGUCGGGCCUUCUUGCAGGCCAUCCUGGAGCACGAGGAACAGGACGAGGAGGAAGACGAAGUGCCCGAUGACGAGACGGUCAAUCAGAUGAUAGCCAGAAGUGAAGAGGAGUUUGAACAGUUCAUGCGCAUGGAUCUGGACAGGCGCCGCGAGGACGCCCGCAACCCUAAGAGGAAACCGCGUCUGAUGGAGGAGGACGACAUGCCCAGCUGGAUUCUGAAAGACGACGCCGAGGUCGAGCGGCUAACUUGCGAAGAGGAGGAGGAGAAGAUGUUUGGCCGCGGAUCGCGCCAACGCAAGGAAGUGGACUACAGCGACUCGCUCACUGAGAAACAGUGGCUCAAGGCCAUAGAGGAGGGAAAUCUAGAGGACAUCGAGGAGGAAGUGCGUCACAAAAAGACGACCAGAAAGCGCAAGAGAGACCGCGACCACGACGGCGGGCCGGCCACGCCCAGCUCCAGCAGCGGCCGCGGGCGGGACAAGGACGAGGAGGUGAAGAAGGCGAAGAAACGCGGCCGCCCGCCCGCCGAGAAGCUCUCUCCCAACCCUCUGUCCCUCACUAAGAAGAUGAAGAAGAUCGUCGACGCCGUCAUCAAAUAUAAGGACGGUAACGGGCGACAGCUGAGCGAGGUCUUCAUCCAGCUGCCCUCUCGCAAGGAGCUGCCCGAGUACUACGAGCUCAUCCGCAAACCAGUGGACUUCAGAAAGAUCAAGGAGAGGAUCCGCAGCCAUAAGUACCGCAGCCUGAACGACCUGGAGAAGGACGUGAUGCUACUGUGUCAAAACGCCCAGACCUUCAACCUGGAGGGCUCUCUGAUCUACGAGGACUCCAUUGUGCUGCAGUCUGUCUUCACCAGCGUGAGACAGAAGAUCGAGAAGGACGACGAGAGUGAAGGGGAGGAAAGUGAGGAAGAGGACGACGACCUGGACGAAGGCUCGGAGUCUGAAUCUCGCUCGGUGAAGGUGAAGAUCAAGCUGAGCCGGAAAGAAAAGGGGGAGCGUGGAGGGAAAGGACAGCGGCGGCGGGGCCGCGGCGCCCGGGCCAAACCGGUGGUGAGCGACGACGACAGCGAGGAGGAACAGGAAGAGGAGCGUUCGGCCAGUGGCAGCGAGGAGGACUGAAGGAAACCACUCCUGAUUGGACCAACGGCCCACUGAGCCCCUUGACUGGACUUUAUAUAUUUUACUUAGAUACAGCAGGGAGACAGUUGGUGGAAAAGGCCUAGUUUUACCUAGACAAGCUGGUUUUUAGUGAGACAGUUGUAUUCUCAUUAAAGUACACCAUUCAUUGAAAACCAA